AUGUCCUCGCCUCGCCCAACGCGUCCUCCCACAAAGGGCCCCAACCCUUUCCUCUUGCUGGGUAUCUUCGUCGCCGGCUCGGCCACGUUCCUCAUCAUGUCGGAGCGUCGGUCCCGCGACCCAGCGCACUCGCGCAAAGAGUUCCCCAACCCCCUCCUCCCUUCCUACGGCGGCGAAAAGGUUGACAUGCCGGAACGCAAGCCCAGAUAG